AUGGCUCUGAUGAAGACCAGAGACAUCACAAUUCAUAGUGUGUUCCUCGUGUACAGGAAGCUGCUGGAGCAUAUUGAAAGGUCGAAUCGGAAAUUGAAAAGAAAGGCAACACCCUGGAAGAAGGACAUGUAUGGCGCUUUGCUUGUUGCGAGGCAGAAGCUGAAAGAGUACUAUGAAAAGACUUACCGCGACCACGGUUUUCUCUAUGGCACUGGAACAUUACUCGCUCCUCAAUAUAAAUUGAGUGCUUUCGAUGAUAGAGAGUACUCUACCUGCCACGAAGAUACGUCGAAACGGUACUGUGAAUACUUGAGAGCAUGUUUCACACAGUAUCAGCAGCAGAACCCCGAGCUGUUAUUCCGCACGGUGCAGCGCUCUUCCACUUUACAUAGCUCAGAGCUUGAUCGGCUACUUGAACCACCUGAUGCAUCGAUGCUCCACGAAGGGGCAGAGUAUGACGAAGUGGACCAGUAUCUUAGAGAAGCAAAUGUCCCGGUAUCACCGCGGCUUUAUUGGAAGGAACACGAAUACGAGUUCCCGGUGCUCUCUCGGCUUGCACGAGACUUGCUUUCGGUCCCUGCCACCGGCGCGGGCGUAGAAAGGCUUUUCAAUAGUGCACGAGACAUUUGUCAUUACCGUCGAGGAUCUCUUCAUGAAGCGACUAUUCAAGACUUGAUGAUGUAUAUGUGCUCAGAAAAGUUCACACUAGAGGGACAGCAACUGACCCGUCUGGAGAAACCAUUGGAGAACGACAGCCAAGAGGCACUUGAAGAGGAUGAAGCGCUGAAGGCAAUUGAAGAGGAUGCAGAGCCGAUCAGCGACGAUGAAGAAAUUGAAGAGAGCGAGGACUUCGAGGGUAAUUUUGAGCUCGAGGAGCCAUAUCAAGCGGAGUGUACGCUGGCAGAGACUGGUCGGAGCACCAUGGACAGCCAGACUUACGACCUGGAACAAGAGGAAGAGGGUAUGGAGGAAGAGGGUAUGGAGGAAGAGGUGGUUGAAUCCGAGGAAGCAGAUUUACUUCCGCCUCCAAUCACGCAGUUGGGUGAGAGAAGCCAGAAGAGAUCUUCUGGUCGGGUGACAAUGCCCUCGAGCCGACUGCGAGGUUAUGAGAUAUACUAG